CCCCUCAACUCCAGUACUGAGUGUAGUAUUCGUAACUGUGAAGCACCAGUAAACGCUGUCCCACCGACAGGCUCAUGUAAGUCAGUGCUAGUUGGCGUUAUUCAGGCUUGAAUGCAACAGCAAAUGCUACUAAAAAAAUGAACACAACGAACAAAUGUUUGGAUUUUAAGUCAAAGUAUCAAGAAGCUACUGUUCAUACAUUUCUUGACAGAUCUUGUUAACUGCUCAGUUUGCAUGGUGUAAGUGAAAUGGACUUGCUUCCUUCAACUCUCCCCACAGUAGGAACCAAUCUGACUGACCUGACCCUGAAAAGGAAGAAGUUGACAAUACGGGAGCUGGGAGGUUGCAUGAGUCCUAUAUGGCCCAGUUAUUUCAAAGACUGUUCCUCUGUCAUGUUCAUGGUGGAUUCAACCAACAUUGCUCAGGUAUCGUCCUCCUGCAUCCAGUUGCUGUCUUUGCUUUCUGCUGAGCCUCUGCGCAGUGUCUCUGUGCUUAUUAUCUUCAACAAGAGGGACAUGCCUUGCAUUAUGAGCCUUACAGAGAUCAAGUCUCUGUUCAGGAUGGAUGACAUUGUUGCAUCUGCUACUCAGCCCAUAACAAUACUGGAACUCAGUGCCCGCUCUGGACAGGGACUGCAGGACGUGUUGAGCUGGCUGGAGUCCGUCAUAGUAAAGUGACACGUGUUUGCUGUGUUAUGGUGAUGCAUAGUAUAGAAAAGUCUAAGAAAUGCCAUGUGGCCUUUUGGAUAGUGACAACGGUAUUCUCAUAUGAAAGAAGCUGUUUACACUGUUUCUAGAGGAUUUGUUGCAGUCUUUAGUUACACUGUAUUAAAUGUGUUAGCUAGAUGACAAAAAACAAAACAUGUUAAUGGUCUUUGAAACCAUGUGAAUAAGGGAACUAAUCACAAAGAUGAAGAAAGUGAUAUUGUGGCAAGAUGGGUCCAUUUUAUGAAUGAGCUUUGUAACAUUUGUCUUUGCACCCCUGCCGUGUUUACCUGCAGUGAUCAGUUAUUUAUGCAGGUCACCUUCACUAAUUAUAUUCUUGUCUUCAGUGAAAGUCAUUACUGACUAUAAAAUGAACACAUACAGUACGUAGUAGCUUCAUGUAGUUGGAGGAAAGCUUAUAUGUGAAUCUGCCUGGCCUAUAAUAAGCUCUUGCUUUUCAGCAAGGAGACAAAUUUCACACAUUUAAGCAAGUUGUCACAAUUACCUUAAGUCUCAAUACAAUGUCUGUAUCAAGUUUUAAUCAAAAUACCAGAGAAACAAUUGCUUCUUUUUCUGUCAGAUUUUUAAACCUUUGCUAAAAGUAGCUGGUGUAGAGGAAGCUCCUUACCUCGACUGCAUCCUCUCUUCCGGAGGGUCUGUGUCUUGAAUUUUGAUGAACAGAUUUGAGGUUCCAUGCAUUCUUAUGCUUUUUUUUUUUUUUUUGGUGGAGUCUUUAACAAUACAAACAUUUGAAGCAUAUAUCAAAUAGCACAAACCCGAGGUCUUGAGUAAAAGAUGAGAAACAAGCUAGAGCCGUGACUGUUUAUAAACACCUUCAAGUAUGAGUAACAAGUGCCACUGUACAUUUUUGUUUUUCAAUAUAAUUCAAACUUCAUUUAUCAAUAUCUUUAUUUGUCUUUUUUCCAUUCAUAUCAGUUAUUAUGAUUCCAUGGGAAAUGACAAACGUGAAACAAACUCAUCUGAGGAAUGAAAGACUGUUAUGAUUAUACUGUGAGCGAGCGAUGGUUCAAAAGCAAUGAAUAAAAGUCAGGUUCAUACAUACAUUCUUCAAUCUUGCCUUGCUUAUUAGGAAUCCUGAAACACCUGAUCUUCCCAAAGGAGAAUUUCCUUCUGCAAUUAAUUUUACUAUCGUAUAACUCGUUUGCUGAUAGUCAGUUCUCGUCCAUAGAACCUCUACAUAGUUAAAUGUUCUGAUGUAAUAACAGUUUAGGCACUGAACACUUGUUUAAAUAACUAUUGCCAAUUAUCUGAAAUCUGAGACAUGUUCCUCUUCUAAUGCCUAAGUUCACACACACAACAAAGUUUGAUAAAUCUGUGCUUUUGUGUAGUUUGUAUUUGUCAGUCCUGGAAGAUCAUUGACUUCAAAGAAGUUUUAUAUAACAUUAAUAGGUUUUGAUAAAAAACAAUAAAACACG